UGUCAGGUGAGUGUGAUUAUGUAUGAUUGUGAGAGGGGCGUACUGUCGAGUCAGUAGGCCUGUUUGAAGAGGCCUGUCUGGAAGCACCUUCCAUUGAUAAUGGCCUCACUGUCUGGAACGCUGGCCUGCUCUUGGGCUGAAACACACACAAGUUACACACAUGGAACAUGCAAAUGCCACACAUAACAGGAUCCUGAGAAGACCAGGGCAUACCUUGGAGCUGGCCUUAUGAAGCUCUCUGUGUCUCUGGAGGACGAGGCUGAUGAUGUCACACAGCAAACACACCUUCCUCUCAGAGAAUCCAAACGCCAGGAACUGCUGCUUAGUCAGGCUUGGUUUAUAAUGGAACUGGUCCCUCAGCACCUAGAGACAGGGUAUAAUUGAAACUAGUCCCUUAGAACCUGUGUGUUUUUAUGUUGCCACAUAAGUAAGUUCUUCUGUUCACACCAGUAUCAGUCAGGCUUGGAGAGACAGGAGCAGGCCAAGGACAUUUCAGGCUGACUUCACCAGCUGCACACAAUUUCUCUGUCAGCAACAAAACUGAUGCUGUCAAAAGGCUAGCAUAGCCUGAUCUAAAUUACAACCACACAAACAUCUUGCUAUCCACAUGUGUCGGUGAGGAGAUUAAACCUACAUAUGCUGCGCUAACACCCCCCCCCCCCCCCCCCCCCAAUGCAGCAGGAAGACAGGUGGUGUUUAACGUAUAGAUUGUCUAUAAUUGAGUGUAGGGUGUGAGACUCAGAUGGCGCGUGUACCUUGUAGACGGUCUCUGUAAACCGCAGGUCGCUCUUCCCGGUCAGUUCGACCCCUAACCCCACGAGCUGUUCGACCAGAAGCGGAGAGAAGGAGGUGAACACGUAGCUCACUAUGGGCAGACAAGAUGACGCGUCUCCUUUCGCCAACCUGCGCAAUCAGUUUGUGAUGUUUAACAUUUCGCGGGACCAGUGCUUCUAGCUAAAGCUCCCAAUGGUUUUAAUUGCGUAUAACAUGUCGGUCUGACCGACAUUGCUAGUCUAGCCUACUACCGUACUAGCUAGCUACUAGUAACGUAACGUCGGGUUAGCUACUUACCCGUUGUAGUCAACGUCCCGUGGAUACUUCACGGCUCGCAACUGAGUAUCUAGUUUGCGAAGACACCCUUUCAGAUCGCCGGUAGACAUCAUUGUAUCACUUUUAUAGCUACACUGACAUUUUUCUGAAUUAUUACACGGUAUUCAGCUUCUACUGUACUUUAAGACGGGUGAGUGUUACGUUAGCAACCUAGCUAUUUAGACACAGACAUACUUCCUGGGUUUUCAGAGUGUCGUUUUGUUUUUGCCGGGUAAUGAACAGACGUCGCCGCCAUUGGUUGCCAUGGCAUGUAGUCACAAGAACACAUACUUGUAUUGAGAUACGUACAUUCAUUCCAACGCAAGUUGCGUCUUCUCAUAUUAGAGUAUUAAAUCGUGAAUGUAGCUUGCAUAUUUCACAAAGAAAUAUACGCAGCUAAAUCUUCAUUAGAUAAACUGAUGGAUAUUCAGGAUCUGUCAUUAAGAUAACUAUAUUUAUUUAUGUCGUAUGUGCUAUUCAUAUUUUACAGACGGAGUUACUUGAUUCAAUAACAACACACGUCAAACUGAACAGCAGGGAAUGCGGGUGAGAGUAGAAAGGAGGGAGUUAACUGCCUGAGUGAUGGGAGGAUUAGCUGUGUUGUGUGCUUGACUGAGUGGAGUUUUUCUCUUGGACAGCGGGACUAUAUUAUAUUUCGGUGCGAUUUCAAGGGAGAUGAGAGUUUCUGGCAACAGAUAGAACGAGCGCAUUUAUUCCAACCGAAGCUGUUGACGUUCUAACCACGGCGCAAGUCGCGGCGGCGGUCGAAUCAUUCCGUCAAACUCAGAUGGGUCAGGCUCUGUGGAGACUCCCCCCUGGGGAGCAGCAGGAGCUGCAGGAGGAGUACGCAGAGCAUCUUUUCCGCUCCAGAGGAGAAGGAGCGAUGCUUGACCCCCCUGAUGGCCCCCUGCCCCACCACGCAUCUCGAAGGAGCCCUCACUGCCAGGGUCCAGGGACAGAUAUCUACCACCUCCUAAGGGCACGUGCAGGACGGGGGGGCAGAGAGCAUGGCAGCUUCAUAGACCUGGAGAUGCUGCCCCCAGAGCUGGGCAUCACCAUCCUGUCCUACCUGAACCCCACUGACCUCUGCCUGGCUUCCUGCGUUUGGCAGGGCCUGGGCCACGACGAGUACCUGUGGCAGGGUCUGUGUAAGUCCACGUGGGGGCACUGUUCCAUCUACAACAGAAGGCUGCCUGCUGGCUUCUCCUACAGGAGACUGUUCCUGCAGCUAGACGAGGGAAGCCUCACCUUCAACCAUGACCCUCAGGAGGGCAUCCACUACUUCAUGUCUAAAGCUAUCCUGACCGACCACCCCACAGAGCUGGCCAAGUUCAUCUUCUACACUCGCAGACUCAACUGGAAGAUGCUGCGCAUCUACCUCGACCAGAGGAGAGAUGUGUUGGAUGAGCUGGUGAAGCUCCAUAACUUCAGUAACCAGUUCCUCCCCAACGCACUGAGAGAGUUCUUCCGGCACAUACACGCACCCGAGGAGAGAGGAGAGUACCUGGAGACCCUCAUCACCAAGUUCUCCCAACGCUUCUGCGCCUGCAACCCCGGCCUGGUCAGGGACCUGGGCCUCAGCCCUGAUGCAGUGUACGUGCUGUGCUACUCCCUCAUCCUGUUGUCCAUAGACCUGACCAGCCCCCACGUCAAGAACAAGAUGUCUAAGAGGGAGUUCAUCAGGAAUACGCGCCGAGCGGCACAUAACAUAAGUGAGGACUUCGUAGGCCAUCUCUACGACAACAUCUAUCUCAUUGGCCAUGUGGCUGCCUAGCACCGCCCCCCACUGCCACUCAGCCGUCCAAUAGGAGGAGCCUUUGACUGCACUGACACUGGGAGGAUUGAAAUGAAGGCUAACCUUUCCUGAAGAUUCUAACCAAUAGUAGCGCAGGUCGGAACACGGCGACACAAGCAAUGGUCUUCCAUAGGGGGAGGACUCAGAAGUUUGCAGCAGGAUGGACACUCUCUAGUAGCAUAACCACAUGACCAACAGCAUCCAGCUUAACCAAGAGAAGGGCCUGUCCUCGCACCACACCUGUCAACUGUCGGCCUCUCCAAUACUCUCCUGGCUAAGCUAGCUAGAAGCUAUUAGCCUAUCUACUGUCCUGGCUAGAUUAGCUACUUUACCAGCCUCUCCACUGUCCAGGCUAAGCUAGCUAGCAACCCCUCCACUCUUCUGGCUAGGCAAACUACUGUAGCAGCUGCUCCACUAUCUCUACUAGGUUAGCAAGCUAGCAGCCUUGACCCAGCUAGGCAAGCUAGCAGCACUGUCUGGCACCAUCCGUGUCUCUGUCUGCAUGCUGAUAGCAUGGCUAGAAGAGGUAUUGAUCAACAACUGAGCACUUUAACUCAGGAUUUUGUUAUGGUUGUCCAGCCUCCCACCGCCUACCCUCUCCACAGAAAGCUCCUCCCCAUGGUCCCUUCCCACACCACACCUGGGUCAGUUAGAUGGAAGUAUUUGGAGCAAGAGGUGUGUUUGACUUGCCUCACAGUUAGGUUGUGGACCAUUGCAGGGUAAGAUCAGUCAAGUGCACUGUCAAAUAUUUGACUGCAAAUUGUAAUUGACCCAGAUUGGUUCUACACCAACCUCAAAGGGAUGAAUCACUUCACAUUCAGUUAAUUCAGGAUAUGGUCCCAAAAUAUCGUUUGUUUUUUUCCCUUUUCCCCAAAGAAGUCAUAUUUUCAAUCCAGUGGUGUUUAGUUUGUCGUUUGUGUGUUUGCAUCCUGAACUGACUGAGGAGAAGCAGUAUCAAGCUGAACCACUGUGUAUGUGUGUCCUGUCUGUUGUCAAGGCUACACUGUCUGGUUGUUGCUAGGCAGAGUGCCAACAGUCUUGCCUGUGGCGUGAAGACAGAACUGACUCUGGGAUCUGAAAAGAAGACAGAAUCCAUGUCUCCAAUGAUUCAAACCCUGAUUUGGUUUUAUUUGCACAUCAUGUAUAUAUUUAAGGAUAGAGAUUUAUAAGCGUAUGCUUUUUCUUUGGAGUUUUAUAACAGAAGUAUUUCCCCCUCUCCCUCACUGUAAGACUGUUUGUUGCACUGGUAGGAUCUUGGUAUCCUGAACAUCUGUGUGUAGAUGCACAUGUACGCACAUGCCUUCUGGCAGACUCCGAUACCUACAUGAAUUAAACUUUGAGAUUAUUAAUAUUAUUGUUAUAUUUAUAAAAUGGUCAUGAAGUCUAGUUUAACAACAAUUAAUUGUUCAUGAUUCACAUGAUUUACUUGUUUGUUUACCCCACAAGUUGUUUGUUUAUGAUUGUUUGUAGGAUACUCAAUGUUUUAUUAGUUUGAUUUAAAACAGAUGAGCUAAAACCAAAUCCUGUUAACCAUGUCCAUAGCUCAGCUGCCACUACUAGAUUGUAUACAAAUAAACCUGGAGAAAACUGA